GGGACAUCAUCACGGCCUGGCAACCUCCCACCCACCUUCGGUCCCCAAGCAGCAUCUCUGUGCCCUCUGAGGCCGAAGCUCUUCCAGGCUUCCAGACCCACGUGGGGCCUGAGCUCACCCCCAUCCCAAGCCCUGCCUCCCUUCCGCCACCAGUGCCACCUCCAGUCCCUUCCUUAACCAAGCCAAAGCCGGAGAGCCCUGUGUCCCUACUGCCACAGGCCACCGCCUCCCCGUUCUGCUGGCCCCUCCGCGAGAUUUCCCAGGGCACCCACAACUUCUCAGAGGAGCUCAAGAUCGGGGAGGGUGGUUUUGGGUGCGUUUACCGGGCAGUGAUGAGGAACACGGUAUAUGCUGUGAAGAGGCUGAAGGAGGAGGCAGAUCUGGAGUGGACAGCGGUAAAGCAGAGCUUCCUGACGGAGGUGCAGCAGCUGUCCAGAUUUCGCCACCCAAACAUCGUGGACUUUGCUGGCUACUGUGCACAGAGUGGCUUUUACUGCCUCGUUUACGGCUUCCUGCCCAACGGCUCCCUCGAGGACCGCCUGCACUUGCAGACCCAGGCGUGCCCCCCUCUCUCUUGGCCUCAGCGACUAGAUAUCCUUCUGGGCACAGCCCGGGCCCUCCAGUUUCUACAUCGCGACGCCCCCAGCCCCAGCCUCAUCCAUGGUGACAUCAAAAGUUCCAACAUCCUUCUGGAUGAGAAACUGGCCCCCAAGCUGGGAGACUUUGGCCUGGCCCGCUUCAGCCGCUUUGCAGGGGCCAACCCCGGCCAGAGCAGCACUGUGGCCCGGACGCAGACUGUGCGGGGCACCCUGGACUACCUGCCACAGGAGUACAUCAAGACAGGGAGGCUGGCUGUGGACACUGACACCUUCAGCUUUGGGGUGGUAAUGCUGGAGACCCUGGCUGGCCAGAGGGCAGUGAGUACAGGCAGUACCGGGACCAAGUACCUGAAAGACCUGGUUGAAGAGGAGGCUGAGGAGGUGGGGCUGGCCCUGCAAAGCACCCAGACCACGCUCCAAGCAGGCCUGGCUAUGGACACCUGGGCUGCUCCCAUCGCCACCCAGAUCUACAAGAAGCACCUGGAUCCCAGGCCCGGGCCAUGCCCACCCGAGAUGGGCCUGGCUCUGGGGCAGCUAGCUUGCUGUUGCCUGCACCGCCGGGCCAAGAGGAGGCCUCCCAUGAUCCAGGAAAACUCCUAUGUGUCUAUCACUGGCAGUGCCCAGAGUGGUGGUGUCCUGUGGCCACCGCUGGCAGUGCCCCCAGCAGCCCCGGCCUGGGCUACAGAGCAGCCCCAGAAAGGCCCUAACCAGCCCGUGGAGAGUGACGAGAGCAUUUCCGACCUCUCUGCCACCCUGCACUCCUGGCACUUAGGCCCAGCGCCGCUUGGGGAGGCUGACUGUGCACCAAGCUGGGGCAGUGACCCUGGGCCCCGGCCUACAGCCAUGAAAGGCUCACCCCUGAACAGCUCCUUGUCAUCAUCACCGUUGUCCUCCUCAUCAGAGCCACCACAGAUUGUCAUCAACCCAGCCCGACAGAAGAUGGUGCAGAAGCUGGCCCUAUAUGAGGACGGGGUCCUAGACAGCCUGCAGCUGCUGUCCUCGAGCUCCCUCCCAGGCUUGGCCCUGCAGCACAGAGACAGGCAGGGGCCUGAAGAGAGCGACGAGUUUCAGAGCUGAGUUGUGCCCCUGGGCACCUCCAUACUGGGAAGUCAAAGUUCUCAUGGUCGGAAGUUCUCAAGAGGCAGCCCUGGGUAGCUGCAAGCAGUGGGGUGGCACUGUCCUUGCCCUCAGUGUCCUCACAGGGGAGGAGGUGGUGGCAGAGGCUGCCCGCAGUCCAGCCUAGGGAGAGGAGGGCCAGUAGCACCCAACGGGGCAGAGCGAGGGCUCCCCAAGAGCCCAGCUCUGCACGGUGGCACAGUAGAUAGGGCCCAGGCCCCCCCUUGCUAUUUGUCAUUUGGAGAAGUGAUUAGGGCUCGGGGCACAGGCAG